GGGACAAAAAACACGAAACGUCUGCCGCUGUGGCUGGAAAUCUUGUAAUGGCGGAUUUUGAUGAAAUUUACGAGGAAGAGGAAGAAGACGAAGAGCGGGCAUUGGAGGAACAGCUUUUGAAGUAUUCCCCGGACCCGGUGAUAGUGCGAGGAUGCGGGCACGUCACAGUUUUUGGUCUUAGCAACAAGUUUGAAGCAGAAUUCCCUUCUUCCUUAACUGGCAAGGUAGCACCUGAAGAAUUUAAAUCUAGUAUUAACAGAGUCAACAGUUGUCUUAAGAAGAAUCUUCCAAUUAAUGUCCGCUGGUUACUUUGUGGAUGCCUUUGCUGUUGCUGUACAUUGGGCUGCAGUAUGUGGCCAGUUGUUUGUCUAAGUAAAAGAACACGAAGAUCGAUUGAGAAGUUAUUGGAAUGGGAAAACAAUAGGUUAUACCACAAGCUGUGCUUGCACUGGAGGCUGAGCAAAAGGAAAUGUGAAACGAAUAACAUGAUGGAAUAUGUCAUCUUGAUAGAAUUUUUACCAAAGACACCGAUUUUUCGGCCAGAUUAGCAUUGUCUGUUUGUUUGUAAGGACUUAACCGAGUAUCUUGUAUUUCCAAUGGUGCCUUGCUUGGUGCUUUCCCAGUGGUGACCUUACAAUGGUUCUUCUAAAUCUCUUGGUUUUCCCUUCCCUCCUUUAUCAUUUUUUUCCUCCUAAGUUUUUUUUUAUUUUUGUUCCCAGCCUAAUGGUUCUUUAUUGAGUUUUGCCAAAAAUCUGUAUUGUAAUCUGCACCUAAGCAGAUAAAUACAACCAAUUUGCACGUGGCGUCACAGAAUAUGAGAUUUGAGGUCUUUUUUCCCCCAUGCGGUUCUGUUCUUUUGAUGCUAAUCUGACAUCUGCGGCACAGUUUGUUCUUUUUUUUUUUUUUUUUUUUUUGGUCACAUUUUGGGAACCAAGAUGUCACUGCACCAUUAGAAAUCUCAAUCUCCCUACAAGAUGUCCUGUCAGCUGGUUCUGCAGAAGACCUCCAGAAACUAAGAUUUGGAAAAUUUUGCUUUUUUUUAUUGCUUUUUUUCCUCCAUAAGGUAGCUUAUCCAUGGAAAUACAAUGUGUGCAUGUUUUUACUUUGCUGGCACUCAGGAUGAUGUGGUUCUGUCAGGAGAACUUGUGUGCUGGAGGGUCUUGGAUCUUCAGUUUUGAUGCAAUAUAAAACUCUUGUCGUUCUCCCAAGUUCUGCUCACCAAUAUUGUUUCUAUGACCGAGUAAUAGUAUAGUCAACAUAACAGAGACUAAUAUGAGAAUUUUUGUUUCCAGUUUAUGGAAUGCUGCGCAACAAUAAAUCCAGCACAGGGUGGUUGCAUUGGAACACAAUCUUACUCAUGGGUUUUAUGUUUACAUUAGGCUUUCUGUACAGAUUAAACAAAAUAAAGUCAUAGGGGGUCUUUGUUAUUUUGGGCCUUUUUACAGUAAUACAGUUUAUUCACAGAUUAUUUCUAUAUUUUCAACAACUAUUGUGGUACGUAACAUGGUAAAUUAAAUGUUGAUUACCACUAUAGAAUUAGAGUUCACUCUACUCUUAAUAUUCUUAUGAGUAUGUAUAUUCAUUAUAUCUAUUAACCACCUGUAGAGAACAUUGCAGACAUGAGUGGGUGGUAGAUGAAAAAUUAGCUUGUCUCCUAUACGAAAAUGUAGGGGUUUGUUUUUUUUUGUUUUUUUAAUAUAAGAGAGGAUAUAUAGACAAUAUUAGCACACUGUGGGUGAAACUGAAUUGUAUGCAGAAGAAUUUGUUUCUUUCAUAAUAGUAGUUCUAACUCUCUUGCUCCAGCCAUUAAUAUGUUUGUUUUGGUGCUUUACCAAUGCUGGCAAUGGUUUGCACUUCAGCUUUUAGCUAAGGAAAACAGAAUCUUACAUAAAAUCAAAUGUCCAUGUAUGUUAUUGUAUGAUGCUUGGCUUAAAUAUGAUUUGUCAUUUUGUUUAUAUCCCAUUAAAAUGGAUAAACCUAAAUACAUA